GGAGGGGUGAGUUUGCUAGGAAGGCGAGAGAUAUUGGAAGGGCUAUUACGGAUACGAUGGGGAAGUUGGAGAAGCUUGCGAUGCUGGCCAAACGCAAAGCCCUCUUCGACGACAAACCGAUCGAGAUCGCGGAACUCACAUACGUAAUCAAGCAGGACCUCUCAGCGAUAAACCAGAAUAUAGGAGCCCUGCAGGCCCUCUCGCGCCAAAAGAACAACGGUCGCAAUGAGGAGGGCGAGCACAGCAAGAACGUUGUCGUCAUGCUCCAGGGCAAGCUGGCCGACGUGUCGGUUGGGUUUAAGGAGGUUCUCGAGGUGCGGACGAAGAAUAUUCAGGCUUCUAGGCAUCGGACCGAUCAGUUUGUGUCGAAUGUCAGGCCGAGUUCUGCUGAUCCAACAGUCUUGCAGACCUCGCACUCGCCAUUGUACUCUACACCAUCUACUACCCCCCGGCCAAAUCACCAGCCUGAUUUAUUGUCCCUAGAUCCAAACCCCUCCUCAUCGGCGCUAUCGGGUCCCGCAUCGGCGCAGCAGCUAGCACUGAUGGAGGAAGGAUCCUCGGCAAACUCUUACAUUUCUGCCCGGUCAGAGGCUAUAGAAGCUAUCGAGAAGACUAUAACAGAGCUAGGCGGGAUAUUCAGUCAGUUGGCACAGAUGGUGGGCGAGCAGAGUGAGAUGAUUCAGCGUAUCGACCAUGAAACGGAGGACGUCGUAGCGAAUGUAGAAGGCGGGCAGAGAGAAUUACUCAAGUACUGGUCUCGAGUGAGCAGUAAUCGGUGGUUGGUGGUGAAGAUGUUUGGAGUUCUCAUGAUAUUCUUCCUUCUCUGGGUAUUGAUUAGCUAAAUAUUUUUUAUUUUUUUUCUCCCUUUUCCGUUUCCUUCUUUCAUUCACUCCUAACCCUUAACCUUACUUGACUUUAUUACUCUGUGGAUGCUAUUCUUUUUGUCUAGAGAAGAGAAGGGAAAAAAAUAAAAGGGCGGGCGAAACUACUUAUCUACCUGCUAGGUUGCAUUACUCAAUAUUGAUAAUACCUGGGGCAUAUUCUGUGAUUGCCGUUUUUUUCCCUUUUUUUCCUUCCUUUUUACUUUUCUCCUUCUCUUCGUCUCUCCCCUACACUUGAGGUUCCUUAUGGUUCGUGGCUUUGGCUAGACGAUGUAGCACUUUCCUCUUUUCUUCUCACUGAAUUAGUAGGGAUCGGCGUGGGUAUCAUAGAUAGGCGCGGUGUUAAACGGGUUUGCGUACGUACGCAUUUCCCUAUGAUAGCUACAGUAGGUCUUUACACUUAUAAA